UCUAACUGCCCUAGCCGUCAGCGCCGCCUUCAUCGCCAGUCUCCCCCUAACCUCCCGUGCGACUCUUACGCGCGCGCCCGUCUGCGCCCGUCUCCCUCACCACUCAUUCAGAAUGUCAGCGACGUCUGCCACACCGUUUGAUUCCCUCUCUGCCCUGUGCAAGGACAUGUCUGCGCUGUCCGGCAUCUCAGGCAUCCUAGGUUGGGACGAGCAGGUCAUGAUGCCGCCCGGUGCGGCCGCCUUGCGCGGUACUCAGAAGGCCGCGCUGGCCGCCGUCCUGCACGACAAAGCCACGUCUGCGGAGCUCGCUGCCGCCAUAGACGCAGCAAAACAGACCCCGGAUCUUGGGCCGUUUGAACGCGCUACUGUGCGCGAUGCGGAGAGGGGAUACAAGCUCGCAGUCGGCGUCCCGGCCGACCUAGAGCGCAAGAUCGCCGCGAACGAGGUCGCGUCUGUGCAGGCCUGGGUGGCGGCGAGGGAGAAUGAUGAUUAUUCUGCGUUUAAAGAUCAGCUGAAGGAGACACUUGCGUUGACUAAAGAGAAGGCAGAGGCUAUGCGCCCGGGGGAGAAGCCGUACGAUACGCUCAUUGAUCAGUUUGAGAGGGGGAUGAGUGCAGAGAGGCUGACGGAGAUAUUUGAUGGUAUUUCAUCGCCAUUGAAGGCGAUUUUAGAAAAAGUGUUGGAAAUGAAAGAGAAGAAGGGUAAAAAAGUGCAUCCGGCCCUGUGUGGUGGGGAGGAAUGGGAUGUCACCAGGCAGGCUGAGUUGUCCAAGGAUAUUUGUCAAAUGCUUGGCUUUGAUAUGGAUAAGGGCAGGAUAGAUGUAUCUGUGCAUCCGUUCACAGGAGGUGCGGGGCCGGAAGAUGUGCGCAUUACAACCAGAUACAGCAAGGAGUUGCCGUUUGAGGGCAUCAUGGGUACCGUUCAUGAGACAGGCCACGCCAUGUACGAGCAAGGGCGCAACUCCAAGUAUGAUGGGCUGCCAGUCAGCGACGCGCUGUCAAUGGGCGCACACGAAUCGCAGAGCCUGUUCUGGGAACGUAUGAUUGGACAAAGCGUCGGGUUUUGGGAGGCGGUGCUUCCGAAAAUCCACGAAAAGCUGCCGCACACCAAAGAUGUCAAUGCAGAAGAUCUCUUUUUCGCGGUCAAUCAGGUGAACCGAAGCUUGAUCCGCGUAGAGGCGGACGAGCUUACGUAUCCCUUCCACAUUAUUCUGCGUUUCGAACUGGAAAUGAAGCUGUUGAAUGGGACACUCGACGUGAAGGAUUUGCCGCAGGCGUGGAAGGAUGGCAUGAAGCAACAUCUAGGGGUUGAUGUUCCGAGUGACAAACUGGGCUGCUUGCAGGAUAUCCAUUGGCCGAGCGGGGCAUUUGGAUACUUUCCGUCUUACUCACUGGGAGCGAUGACAGCGGCACAGCUAUAUCAUCAUUUGAAGACGGAGGUGAUGCCAGAUGUUGAGGAGAAGAUCAAGUCUGGUAACUUCAAGGAGAUCAAGGAUUGGCUCAAGACUGAGAUUCACGAGGUCGGUAGCUUGUAUCCGUCUUUGGAUGAACUUCUUGAGAAGGUCACUGGGGAACCUCUGAAUACGAAAUACUUCCUUCAAUACUUGGACGAGAAGUAUUCCAAGGUAUACUCUUAGCUUAGAUGGAGUGCUGAUGAUGAUCUGAAAAUGUUAGUUAGGUGAUUGGGUUGUACUUUGCUCUGUUUGUUUGAGCUAAGUACAAGAAAAGAAGAGCUAUCAUGCCUUGCAGUGACAUUAGAGUGAUGCGAGCGACGUGUUGAGAAGGUAUAGGGGUUGUCUCGAAUCUUGGAAGCCGUAACCUGGAUGUGGAUCCAUCUGGGUUCGUGCGGUUUUGCGAGAUGCGGGCACUGUCGAAGGCUCAAUCUCCACAUGGGUGCUGUACAGUACCCAGAUUUUGAGCCUAAACCUACCAAUCACCUUGCAUGUACAAAUACAAGAAGUAUGAUUGGGCCAUGAAGACUGUUAGAUAUCAUAUCGAAGUUUCUUUAUCAUA